AUGGGACACAACCAAUCCACCAUCCCUCACCAUGCAGGGGUCCAAAAGGAACAUCAGGGAGGAGGUUCUUCCCUAAUUGAAACACAUUCUCUCUGUAAUGGAGCAUCAACAACUGCAAAAACAUCUCCAACUUCACAAUCAAAAUCAAGUCAUUCCAGGAAGAAUAGAGAACCAGAUUGUUCUAAUGCUGCUACUGCUGCAGUAGCAGAUUGUUCUACUAAGCCCAGAAGACAAUCAAAAAGUAAGAAGCUACAUGAUGAAUUUAUCGUACAUGGCAUUGAUUAUCUACCCGAGUCAGAGAAGAAGAAACAUCACCAGGGAAUGGUAAGAUCGAUAACGGCUGAUGCGGGUUUUUCGAUGGAAAAAGUUUGGAAUUGGAAGACGUACCCCAACUAUCCAUUUGAAAAUGUUGUCAUGUCUGGUGGCGGUAGCAAGGGUUAUGCAUUCAUCGGAUCACUCAAGGCACAUAUAUUAACCAUUUUUCAGAUGGUUUUCGCUGAUGUGGCCCUUGAAGAUUGUGGCAUCUUGAAGAAGUUGAAGAAAGUAGCUGGAAGCAGUGCUGGAGCUAUAUGUGCCGGCUUAAAAGAAAACUUGAAACUUGAAAAUGCAAUUCAGUGCAAUUCAGUUGAGAUGGAUGGACAAACAAACACACAAACGACGAACGCAUUACUCAAUACUCAUGUCAUAUGUAUUGCUACAGGAUUGUUAGCAGUUGGUUGUUCACCUCAAGAAAUUGCGGACGUCUUCAAAUGUGAUAUCAAAUGGUUGUUCCAUGACCAAACAUGUGCGUGUUGUUGCUGUCUUCCCAGAGUUUGCAACAAGUAUGGUAUUCACCCUGCCAAGAGGUUCUACGAAAUUUAUGGUGAACAUUUGAAGAAAAAAGUUGGCAGUCCAGAUAUCACUUUUCUAGAGUUAAAGACGAAACGAAACGUAGAACUCUGCAUUGUUGUGACCAAUUUGAGUCGAAUGUGUUCUGAAUACUGUACGACAACUACGACUCCAAAUCUUCCAAUUAGAGAUGCUGUCCAUAUGUCUAUGGCUUUUCCUGUUGUAUUUCGAGCUGUAAGAUACAAUCUGACCGGUAGAGAAUGUGUAUAUACAGACGGUGGACUCUUGGACCAGUAUCCCAUACAUUGCUUCGAUGAGCCUGAACUCUACACGAACGACAGCAGUCUACAGAGGAGACAGCAACAGAUGCUUCAGCAGCAGCAACUCAGACUACAGGAGCAACAACUCUUGCUGCAGCAACAACAACUCAACAACAGUAGUAGUAAACAGAACAAAAGCAAAAAACAUCAUUCCUGUGAUACGAACCAACAACAACACCGACCGUCACUACUUCUCGAACAACAACUCCUUGAUCACGAGCAGCAACUGCAGCAACAAAAUGAAACAAAACAACAACAGCAACAAAAUGAAACAAAACAACAACAACAGCAUCAAAAUGAAACGAAACUCCACCAGAAACAUCUUUCAAAAACCUCAUUAUUUGAUGAGAACAAGGUUUUAGAGCCACCAAAUUUAAGCACAAUUGGUCUUUACGUGGUGUCGGAAAAGCCAAUAGAUUAUAAAAUAUGGGAAGCCUUAUUCGGCAUGGAGAUUCCUUACAAACCCACCUACCUACCCAACACUAAACUUGCUAGAGCCAGAUUAAAGAACGAGAUGGCAAUCAGGAAGAUGCACGACAAGCAGUUCUGCAAACAAGAUUUUAUGGAAGAGUUGUGCUCUUCCGUUGGCGAGGGCGCCAGACACAUGUUGGACCAUUACGAGAUUUGGAACAAGAGCCACGAGAAUGAUAGCCUAAGGACAGUGCCCAUUAACUGUGGUUACAUCGGGACGAAUGACUACGUAAUCGAACCUGGAGAUCGAGAGUUCAUGAUCGAUCAAGGAUACAGCUGUACGAAGCGCUACCUCCGCGAGUUCGUCGCCUCGCAACAGCAGCAACAGCAGCAACUUCAUCGGCAACAACAUCUUCAAUCGUCGAUGACCAAAAUGAAAUCGUCAUACACGUCGUCUCUUAGUAAGUACAGAAAACUUCCAAAAUGUAAAUCCAUUGUUACUACUACUACUACUACUACUACUACUACUACUACUACUGCUGCUGAUGUUAAUUACAACUACAAUUCUGAAUGUGAAUUGUGUGGUGCGGCUACUACUCCAGCCACAGCUACUACUCCAGCAGCCACAACUACUACAGCAAAAACGAAUGGCAAUUACCUUGCUGGCGGUGAUUACUGUGGCGAUUGUGAUGUUUGUAAUGUUGAUGCUGUAGAUGGCGGUUGUAGAAAUGGUGAAAGAAAUUGUGGUAGUGGUGGUGCUGAUGGUAGUUCAGCAGGGAGAAAGUAUUACAUUCCAAACGAUAGCGAAGACAACGACGACGACGAUGAUUAUCAUUACAAUCUCGUUGAUUACUGUGAUGGUCUUAAGAGGAAUUCAAACUCUAUGAUCAAUCUGCUGGCUCAUGACGUCACCAAUAAUAAUAAUAACAACAAUAAUAAUAAUAAUAAUAAAAAUAGUAAUAAUGAUAAUAAUGAUAAUAAUAAUAGUAAUAACUUUCGUAAUGUUGGUGACGAUUGCAUAGUUCAUCAUCAUCAUCAGCAACAACAGCAGCAACAACAACAUCAUCAUUGUCAUCAUCAAAGAUCGCAUGACGAAAUGGGCGAUGAUGGUAAUGAUACUGAUAAUGAUUGUAACGACGGUGUGAGUGGCUACAGUGUUGGCAAAAAUCGCAGCAACAACAACAACAAUAAUAAUAAUAUUGUAAAUGUCAUUGAUGUUAGAAAUAGCAACAACAACGAUAACAACAUCAUCAACAACAAUAAUAACUUCAACGACAGCAAUGACGUCACAGUAAAUAACAAUAACAACAACAACGUUAAAAAUAGCACAAACGAAAAAAAUUACGUCAACCAGAAUUAUAUGAACCACAAUGUACACAACAAUGUACACACAACGUUAACAACACUAACAUCGAAGCACUGCAUGCAUUAUCGCAAACAUUCUCAGCCGCCAUUUUUCAAUUAUUACAACAACAGCAAUAACAACAACAACAAUAACAACAACAAUAACAAUAAUGAUAAUCGUAAUAAUAAUGAGACCACUGAUAAAUGUGGCAACGACAUUCGCCUUGGUAAUAACAGCAACAAAAACAACAACAACAACAAUUUUAAUUAUAAUCUUACUAAAAAUAACAAUAAUAACAUUAUUAAUUAUAGUAAUAAAAAUAAUACUAGCAAUAAUAAUAAUAAUAGUAGUAGUAAUAAUAAUAAUAAUAAUAAUAGUAGUAAUAGUAAUGUUGACGUCAUUUCCAAAUUGCCUAGUAUCAAACUGACAGCGAACGGAUGUCUUUAUAAUCGCAACAAUCUCGACGAAAAUGGCGUCUUUUUUGUGGGCUUGUUGAAUGACACUAACAACAAUAACAACAACAACAAUAGUAAUAAUAAUAAUAAUAACAAUGGUGAUAACUACAAUAAGCAUUUGGCCGUCCAGCUCAGGGGAUUGAAAAACUUAUAUGCUACUUACGACGAAGAUGACGAUGAUGGGUUUUAUAAGGAUGAUGAUGACGAUGAUGAUGAUAAUAAUAAUAAUAAUAGUAAUAGUAAUAGUAACAAUAAUAACAAUUACAUCAACAACAAUAAAAACAAACUUCGCGGCCACAACAUCAAAGUUAAUGUCUCAAGCCUAGUAGCCAACAACAUCCACCAUGUAUCAUCAUCAUCAUCUUGUUUUCUAUCAUCAUCAUCAUCAUCAACACCAUUUCCGGUACAAACAACAGUAUCGUUAUCACCACCGCCCAUUAUUACGUCACCGUCAACGCCGCUGGAAGACUAUCAGGCCAUGAUCGAUAGAACAUUACUCGCUCUCUCUCAGCGAAGUAACAACAACAAUAACAACAUUCCAGAAAGUAAAGUUUAG